CCAGUGAGAGCUUGUAAAUCAUGAGGGUCCCUGAAAGUGUUUUAGCACCGCCCCUGCUGGAGCCUGGCUGCCUUCCAUUGGCCAGCGGGUGUCGAGGUAUCCAAUGUCCCAUUGGGGGACGUGAACACACCGAGGAAGACAUUCCUGAGAGAUUUAGCUGGUGAAGUAAAGUUGAGAAAACUAUUUCGUUUCUUCUUAAAACUUUGAAUGUUAGUGAUUUGGGGCGUUGCACAAGUUUACCGUCAACGCUGACUGCUUUUUGGACCAAGUUGGCCCGCAUAUUUGGGUGGUUUUGUGGCUUGAACAAUGUCCGAGGAGAAGCAGCCAAACUCAGUUUCGACUAAGGAACAUGACAAAGUGUCAGAGAACCCCAGGGCGGUUUGUAAGGUGUGUAAAAGUUUGUACCGGGAGCCCAGAAUCCUGCCAUGUUUGCACACCUUCUGCCUGGACUGCAUCAGCCAGCUGGAGCCCUUCUCGAGGGGUGCUUCUCGUUGUCGCCGGGACGCCCCGAGUGACGAGGGAGAGGCGGGGAGAGCCGAGGAAGUUCACACUACGGUGCUUUGCCCUGACUGUGACUCCGAGGUGGACCUUCCGCCGUCGGGACCGGCCGGGCUGAGCACAGACCACUUGGCGCUGGACGAGGUCUUCCUGGAGACACUAGUGAGCGACGGCCCACUCGGGUGCGACCUGUGCGGCGAGACAGGAGCCGAGAGCCGCUGUGAAGUCUGCUGCGUCAACUUGUGCGAAUUCUGUUAUCAAGCGCACAGGCGUCAGAGGCGCACAGCGUCUCACUCCAUUCAGCGUUUGGAGGAUCUCAAAUCUGGAGGCCGUCUCUGUCGUCCCGUCCUCUGCUCCCUACAUCCCGGCCACGAGCUCCGCCUCUUCUGCCAGCCAUGUGACCUUCCCGUGUGCCUGGAAUGCGCCGCCACGCUGCACAGCGACCACAGCUGCUGCCCCACUCACGAGGUCGUCGAGCGCCACGGAGACCGCAUCAGAGCGUUGGUGACCGUCACCCUGCGACCCCACCUGGAGCUUCUGGAGCAGACCCUGCAGAAGGUGGAGCUUUCCCAGGAGGCUUUGCAGGAUAGAGUGGAGGCCACGGCCAAUGAGGUGAGGGCGUUUGCACGAGGAUACGCAGGCGCUGUGGAAGCUCACUGCUUGUCUCUGCUGCGCCGCCUGGAGGAGCUCCGCCUACAACGCAGGAACCAGCUCCACCUUCAGAGGGCGCAGCUGCAGCAGGCCGUGUGUGACGUGCGCAGCGGCGUGGACUUCGCCGAAAGACUGCUGAGCUGCGGCUCGGACGCGGAGAUCCUCAGCGCCAAGUGUGUGACUCUGAGGAGACUGAGCGGCCUGGCAGAGAGAAAGCGACACCCCCACCUGGCGGCGCUCAUCCCCGACGACGGCAGCGGCAUCCGCUUUGAUGCCAGGGAGGCGGCGGGGGAGGUGGGGGGCUUCCCGCUGGUGGGUGUCGUUCACUUUAAGGCAGUGGACCCCAGCAAGUGCAUCAUAGAAGGAGAAGGCCUCCAGCAGGCCAGUGAGGGCCAGCGGGGUCACUUCACCCUCGUCUGUUGCGACUCUGCUGGGGAGCUGAUGGCACGAGGGGGCGAUCAUGUCGUGGUCAGCAUCCUUCACAGGGACAAGAAGAGCUGCACGGUGGAGGCCACAGUGGAGGACAACAACGAUGGCUCCUACAAAGUUUCCUACACUCCUGAGGAGGCGGGGAUGUACUCCGUGUGGGUUUGUGUCAAAGCUGAACACGUGAAGGGUUCACCGUUCGUGUUGACUGUCCAGAGGAAGCUGAGGCAUCACACGGGCACAUUCCACUGCUGCUCCUUCUGCUCCAGCGGAGGAGCCAAGGAGGCUCGCUGUGGCUGUCCAGGAACCAUGCCAGGAGGAUUUCAAGGCUGCGGUCACAGUCACAAGGGUCAUCCCGGGAAGCCGCACUGGUCCUGCUGCGGAAGCACCGCCGAGGAGUCCGAGUGUUUGCCUGCCAGCGUCCUGAAAGCCGUCUCUGCCGGCAGCCACGUGAGGACCGUCGAGCUCUGAGAGGUCAAAUACUGUAGAUGGAUGGGGUUUUUUGGGGGCGAUGACGGGACCGAAGCUGGAAGCGAGACGAGGCAGUGAGUUUUCACAUUGUCAGGUAAAAUGUGUCUUGGGAAGUGCCAACAAUACCUUCAAAAUGAGAGUUGAAGUCCUUGUAUGUUUUUUUAUGAUGAGUAGUCACAUUUUAGCAAUAAAUGGCAUAGCAGGUCUAUUAUUACUCUGUUUAGCACCUAAAGUACCUUUUUAUGAAUAAUUAUAUGAUGUGUAUGACGAGUAUUGCAACAUUUUACCAGUCACAAUCCAAAAUGAAGGUUGCAGAUCAUACAUGUGUUCAUAUGUUGACGUAUUAUGUUGCUUUUGCAUCUUUUUGGUGGCGUUCUUUUCGUCUUUACACUGGAACAGAUUUCAAUAUUUUCACUUUUGGAUCACAGAUGUCCACAUUAGAACUAUGCAAGUGAUUAGGAAGCUCUCAUGUGUGGUUCCUGUUGAUCUAUUUUGUCAUCAAAUUUUUUAUUUUUUUAUUUUUAUUUUUUUUACAGAACUCAUAUAUUAUGUACUGUACAUGAAAAACACCAUGUUAAUCUUAGGCAGGGGUGAGCAAACUGCAGCCCGCGGGCCACCUCAGGCCCGCCAAGCAUCUUAAUCCGGCCCACGGGGCAUUUCCAAGUUUCCUUUUGAACCUUUAACGUGGAAAGCGUGCCAGCAACAUGACUUGCAGCGCUAUUGUGGCACACUUGAGUCGCCAAAAUAGUGAGAUACAGCCUGUAGCUUGUCCAGAAAAGCCAUCCAAACAACACAACACGCCACACAUACAUUCUCACUCUCUUGUGGUACUCUUUCUACAACAUUUUGCUGUGUUUGUCGCAUUUUUGCUUGAUUGCAAUGUGUUGAUGUGGUCGAUGGAGAAGUAAGAUUCAAGAUUCAAGAGUUUUAUUGUCACAUGCAUAGUAAAACUGGUGGUUCUGCUAUGCAAUGAAAUUCUUAUUCUGUUCAUUCUCCCAAAAAAGAAAGAAAAACAGAAGAAAAAGAAUGAGAACAUCAGAAACAUAAAUAACAAUAAAUUAAGGAACAACAACAGAAAAAACAUUAAUACAAAUAAAUAAAUAAAUAAAGUGCUAUGAGUGUGUGCGUGUGUUGCGUGCGGCGUGCGUGAGUGCUUCGUUGAGAAGCCUGAUGGCCUGUGGGUAAAAGCUGUUUGCCAGCCUUGUGGUCCUGGACUUCAAACUCCUGUAGCGUCUGCCUGACGGUAGGAGUGUGAAUAAUGAGUGUUCGUAGGACUCUAGUUUUAUAAAUGUCUUGCAGUGAGGGGAGGGCUGCCCCAACAAUGUUCUGUGAGGUCUUGAUCACCCGCUGGAGUGCCUUCUUAUCUCGUGUUGUACAGUUACCGUACCAAACAGUGAUGGAGGCGGUAAGGACACUUUCCAUAGUGCAUCUUAGAAGCAACUCAGGAUUGUGGUGGACAUGCCAAAUUUCCUCAGUCUUCUCAGGAAGUACAGUCUCCUUUGGGACUUCUUCAUAAUUUGUUGGGUGUUGUGAGACCAGGUGAGGUCCUCGCUGAUGUGUGUGCCAAGGAACUUGAAGGUUUUCACCCUCUCCACCUCAGUCUCAUCAAUAAACAGGGGUCUAUGCGGCUCCUUUUCCCUUGUUCUUGGGUCAAUGAUCAUCUCUUUAGUCUUAUCUGUAUUGAGAAGGAAAUUGUUAUCAAGGAGGAGUUCACAACCUCUUGAUGUCCAACGUUUUAUUGUCCAUAGUUCAUAUUGUUUUUGCAGCUGGACUACCCAGCAUGCCUUGCGGGCAUUUUGAAAUAACAGUUUUAUGUUAUGUGUUAUGUUUGGCGCUUAGUUGUUGAUUUAUGUGACGUGUUAACUUGCUGUGGAUGUGUUGUGCUUUCGUUUCAUUGCACCGUGAGCAAGUAUGUCAUUGUGGUUGAUGCCAACUACAUAUAGACGGACCCUUCGCCAAAUGUUUUAACCUAAUGUGGCCCGCGGGUCAAAAAGUUUGCCCACCCUGAUCUUAGGUCUUCAUUGUUUACUGAACACACGGAACAUGACUGCGCUAAAGUCCAGUUACAUUUCCAACAUCCUACUGUGUUAGUAAUCCUAUCAAAUCACUUUCACUUCUACUCACUACUUCUACUUUUUCCAUCACAUGACGUCCACACGCUUCUCACGCAAGGCUGUGCAGUUUAUUUUUGCACCACCAGAUGGCAGAAGAGCUGUAUCUAUUAUUGACACGAUCAUCCAGAUGCAGCUCAGUAAAUUGUAAUAGUCAUGCAGGGUAGGGGACAUGUGGGGUGGGUAUGCCGGCCAUGCAAGCUCUGGGCUGCUUUCAGCUUCCAGGGAUUGUGUAGAGAUGCUUGCAACGUGGGGCUGUGCUUGACCAUGCUGCAGCAUGAGGUGAUGCCUGUGGAUGAAUGAUACAACUGUGGGGCCCCCAGGCCCUCGUCAGUAUCUCUGUGGAUUCACAAUGCCAUGGAUACUGGAAACGCACCUGUGUUGUGGAUGGAGUGGUCCAUGGUAGCAGGGUUAUGCUGUGGGCAGGCACGUAUGGUAUGGACUACAACCAGGGAUAUCCCCAUCCACAUUUCUGGCUUCUGAUCCGAUUUAGAUUUUUUUUAUAGCCUCGCCGAGGUGAUCCCGUACCAAUCCUUUUUUUCAUUUUUUUAUCAUAAGCUUUUGUUCCAAACAGGAAUUUGUGGAGUCGGUACACUAUCCCUGAGUAUGACAAUCCAUCCAUCCAUCCAUCCAUCCAUCCAUCCAUUUUCCUCCGCUGAUCUGGGUCCAGGUAGCGGGGGCAGCCUGGGCAACCUGGUCUUCGACGGCCAAAUCUUGUUGUUAGGACAUGGUGGGACACGGACACAGUCAGUGCAUUCCUGAUGCAAAGUUGUAGUUGUAGACCAAAGGUUCUAAUAACGGCAAUGCAGUGAGGUGGAUUAGGAACAUGCUGUGCUGGAGGAAGUCAUGUGUUUGCAUCAUGAGUAGCUUUGCAUGCGCUUAGAAGACGGAGACAAAGUGGGAGCAAAGACCACAUAAUCGCUUAGCAAACAUGCCAUGCGGGCUGCGGCAGCGCCUCGCUCCAUUGUUUCCUUACGGAUCACUAUUUGGCAGCUAAUGACAUGCAGGGUAAAUACUGAGGACAAGGACGAGUGUCCUCCCUCGUGUUAACAAGAAGCUCGUACGUAAGACCAGGGGUUUCAUAUUACAACUUCAAAUGUAUUUCUUUCAUAUUUGAACUCUGUGUUCCUAAUAAGACAUUAUUUUUCCUCAUAAUAUUGUGAUUUUAUUCAUGUAUCUUUUUCUUGUUGAAAUACAACUUUUUAUUUUUAUUUUUUUACUUUCUUUUUUUUUUUUCAUUCUUUAACUUUAUACUUUAUCAACGACAUCUGUUUUUUCCAGUUCCGCCGCUGUUGUUUUCUAACUAUUUCUUCUUUUCAUAAUUAGGACUUUAUAUUCCCAUAAUUUCCACAACCUAAUUUUCCAAAAACUCCAAGCUUGUUUUUCAUAAUAAUACGACUUGAAAAAAACAUCUUUCUUUAAUAUUUCAACUUUAUGCUGCUAAAAUGAUGUUACCGUAAAAUUAUGACUAGAUUACAACUUCUGUUUUUUUGCAAAUUUGCUGUUGUUUUUUGUUUUUUUUUUACUUUUCUUGUUAAAGUAUAUUUUUACAUUGUGCUGCUGGCCAAUGAAAAACCUGCAGCAGGCCGCAUCUUGGACACUCCCGAGUGAGCUAAAUGUAUUAUUCAUGUGGUACAUACUUACGCUACAUCAGCCAAGACAACUAAAUAGGAAGGAUAAUAAAGAACCCAAGGUUGGGGACGUAUGGAAAACCUGAUUCAGCUGGUGUUCACUGUUGGUAGACGACCACAGUGUAUCCCUCCAGCACUCUUCUGACUGUUUAUGAGGCUGGAAACCUUGCAUCUCCUCAGUCCAAACCCGCCAACAGCGGAACCACACAAAAAUGGUACAAUUUGUACUAAAAAAAUAAGCAAAACAAAAUAAAAGCACUUCUUGGGAGAUUUCACCUCAGGGAGCAAGUGUGUUUUACUUUUUAUUUGGAUUUUUCUUUUUUUUGCAACACCACUGCAGUACUAGUGAAGGCAAUGUGGCAAACUGUAAUGAUACCCACAGAGCAGCGAAUGGCUUUGAUUGCGACAUCGUGUCUAUAAGAGGCGGCUGGAUGACAGUAUUGCUAGGGUGUCCAUGACGCGGACAGGGGGGGCCAUUAAAUAAAACUUAACUGAGAUGAAUUGAGAUCUAUCAGUGUGGAAAAGGUUAGAAAGCCAUUUGUAACGCUUUGGGACUCCAGCCAACCACAGUGAGAGCCAUUAUCCACAAAUGGCCAAAACAUGGAAGAGUGGUGAACCUUCCCAGGAGUGGCCGGCCAACCAAAAUGACCCCAAGAGCGCAGCAACGACUCAUCUGAGAGGUCACAAAAGACCCCACAGCAACAUCCAAAGAACUGUGGGCCUCACUUGCCUCAGUUAAGGUCAGUGUUCAUGACUCCACCAUAAGAAAGACACUGGGCAAAAACAGACUGCAUGGCAGAGUUCCAAGACCAAAACCACUGCUGAACAAAAACAACAUUAAGGCUCGAAAAGAUCUUGAUGUUCGCCAACACCUUUGGGAAAAUACUCGGAGGUUUGAUGAGACAAAAGCUGAACUUUUUUUGCAUUAUCCCUAGUUAAAAGUAAUGCUGCAUUUCAGAAAAAGAGCAUCAUACUAACAGUAAAAUAUGGUGGUGGUAGUGUGAUGGUUUUGCUGCUUGAGGACCUGGAAGACUUGCUGUGAUAAAUGGAAGCAUGAAUUCUGCUGAAGGAGAAUGUCCAGCCAUCUGUUGGUGACCUCAAGCUGAAAGCAACUUGGGUUCUAACUGCGUUUAUUUUGUGUGAGAAAUCGGAUGAAAGGGGUUUGGCAGCUGUCCGGAAGUCCUCGGGAGAGCUUGGUAGUGUGGCCAAUCACAGCGGAGUGGGCUCAGGGGGAGGAGUAACUGGAGGAGGGCCGGGGGUGGAGUAAAUUACACAGGCCAUUUGGGCAGGAGGCGGGAAACAUUGCAAGAAGAGGUGCAGAGUGUGGAAGAUGUAGAAAGCAUAGUAAAAUAGUAUAAUGGGUCCCCUUUCAUAAUAAAAACUUGCAUUUCAAAACUGCGUUUUGUGUUCAAUUGUUUUGACUGAUGCGACUUAUCGUCUGGAAAAGACGGUACUUUUUACGCCGGCCGCCCUUCCUGGCGCAACCCUCCCAUUUAUCCGGGCUCAGGACCAGCGCUAGACGUGGCAGCGUGUCCCGGCUGCUGGGAAUGUGCCGGUGCCGUGGCAGCAGCGUGCAUCACUACACCACCAGAGCAAAGGGUGAGUCCAUUUGACUUUAAACAGCAAUUAACUUCUUUUUCCAAUUGCGUGACAGAUAAGAUUGUUCAGAUGUGACUUCAAUGGUGCUAUGAUGUCCACAGUUUGACCCUGGAACAGAUGAAUUCACUUACAAAUGUGAGGUGUACUUUUGUACAGUAGUGUGGCCUCUUGCAGUAAGUGACUCUCCAGGUGUUUGUGCUCUUAGUGCACAGACACUUAAUAGCUUUUCCAUCCUAACGUGCACUUAGAUGGAAGCGUUGGCCUGUGUGUUUAUACCGCUACUUCUCUCGGGGUGGACUCCAACCCUGCUUGUCCUUGUGUGGCCGUGACUGUUGACCUGGCAUGUUGAGGUUUGAGACAAAUUACAGCCUUCACUCUCGCAGACGGCCCGCACUGAGGCUGCUCUGGAAAGCUGUCGAGAGACGAGACGCCACCAAAUAAGAGAGGCUUUCUCUGGCAUGUGCACUUAUAUGAUGAAGUGUAUCCUUGCUGCCAACACACCUCCUGUUGCCCGUGAUAAAGCUGAUAAGAACGCACAGAGGAGCGUGAUGUGUACAACUCUGACAUGCUGCAUUUGCAACGCUUGCUUG